ACUGUAUUUACUGAACUAACAUGGAGAUAUUCUUUAGUCUAUCAAUUACCUUCAACAAAAUAUCAACACAUAACUGACAUAAAAUUUUCAUAUUAUGGAGUCAGCGAUUUCGUUUAAUUUAGAGACUAAAAGUAUUGUUCCUCCUUCUGUUCCAUUUUACUUCAAACAGCACCGUGCUAACAAUUUUACUAGUGAAACUUACGCCGGUUUUCGAUAUUGUCAAGAAAGACGGCAGCAAAACAAGCGCCAUUUCUGUCGAGACCAAGUCCUUCACAAAUCAAGCAAAGGGACUGUUUUGACAAUUGAAUAUUUAUUGGACCUAGAUAACAUUUAUUUAACAAAAACUUCUAUUGAUAUGUUUUAGAACUUUUAAAGCUGUAAGUAUUUUAAUACUAUCAAAAAUAGUGUCGCUCCUUUAGAUUUAAGUAAUUAAUUUACUUUUUUUUAUUCAAUUUAGGCUAGUCAAUUUACUGAAUUGUCCUAUCUUUCAGUUUCAGUCCGAGUCACUAAAUUUAACUUUUAAACAGAUGACUCAAUCAUCAAAGAGAGUAGCAGUGGGUUGUAUAUGCCUGCCCUAAUAUUAAGUUAAGCAAAAUUCACUUAUUUCCCAGGGCCGUCAUCUUAGUUGCCAUGACCAUGAUGGCAGCUGGUAAAAAAAGAAAAGUACUGGGUAGAGCAAACACAUGUCUGUAAAAAUCAGGAUGGAAAAGAGACAAUGUGCUGUUUUAGCUAAUUACAUAGAGAAAUGAAAAUGGGAACAAAACAUUAAAAUCUAAUGAAAUAAUUUCUACUGGUACAUUGUACAUUAAUUUCAUGGUGAAUGUAAAUUAAAUGUAGCAAAAAAAAUUUGAUUAUUUUCGAUGGAAAGGAACAAUCAGAUACGUGUGGUUAAUUAUUUUGAUUCGUUCAUUCAACAAGGGGAAAAUGUAUUAGCAGCUUUAUUGUAUCCCUCAAGAGUCUAGAUAUGCUGCAAGAAGUGCCACCGACACCUUACCUGAUGUCGAUGUAAUUUCGGCCGAUCCAUUAAUUUCGGGGGGAAUGCAGCAACUUCAUUGUAUCCCUUUAGCCUUUAGCCUUUAGAUAUGCAACAAGAAGUGUCAAUGUCCUGGGGUAAUUUCGUCCGGUAAAGGCUCCCUUCCCACAACUUAAGUUUGCUACCGUUACUGUUACACAUCAUAGUAUAAGAGUGUAAAAAAAAUUUUAUAACACUACAAAAUCAUUUUAAAAUAAUGAAAACACAACUUACAGCUUCAUAGAAUACACACUUUAUUUCAGGUUCCAUCAAAAAGUCAGAAAAUCAAUACUAUUACACUUCAAUACUAUACCCAUUUUUCAAAAGGCAGUGUCUAUACGUCCGGCGUGCCGGAUGUAUAUCUCCCGCACUAUUUGUCCGGCGACCAAGUCACACGACCGCCGUAACAAAGUGGCGAGAGAUAUUUUGUCCAUCAGCCUUGUCACGUGACCGCGAAUGAGUCAAAACUAUUGUUAAUUUUAAAAUCUAUUUCUCUACCAAGUAAUGUACAUCUUGCAUGCAAAUGAUAGAAAAAACUGAAGUGAAAGUGGCUUGUUAACAUUUUUGUUUAACUUGUUAUUUGAGUUUGUGUACCAGCAACCCAUAAUAUAAUUAGGGGCCAGUAUUCAGUAGGCAACCAAUAAAAGUAAAAAAAAUUUAAUUGUAAAAUAAAAAUUUUAAAUUGCAAAAAAUAUUUUAAAACUUCUCAUAAAACUACUGUUGCUGAUGAACAUGAUAAUAUAAAUAUAAUAUUAAAUAUUUAUAUUAAAAUGGAGGGGGGGGAGAAUGGUUCCUAUGCGGGGAAUCGAUCCACUAAUGUAAAAUCGUCAUGCGGGUACAUGACCACACAAGAUCAUCUUAGUAGCUAUUUCCUUCGCUUCGGAAUAAUGUCUACUAAUCGUCUGGCGGUCACAUGACAUGCGCGCCGGACGUGUAGACACUUCGUUUCCAAAAUGCCGGAAAAUUUAUAUAUUAUAAUUAACUACUCAGUUAAAUCAUAAUUUAAAACAUUCCCUCAGCAUAUGUCAUAUUAAAGAAAAGUUAACUCUACUAACAUCCAAUUAUAAACAUAAGGGAGAUAAUCCUACACAGAAACUCACAGUUGCGUAAAUUGACCUAAGUUAGGCUACUUAACUUAGGCUAGGGCGACUGGUCUAAUUAUAUUUAUUUAAAUUAUUGCCUCUUGUUGAUUAUUAACUAUGACCGACGGUUCAAACUCCAUCUUGCCAUUUGUCCUGUUGGAGUUUUAGGAUAGUUAGUUUGGGUUUACUGAAACACAGAAGAGCUUUCUGAAACAUAAAGAUAUUAUAAAAUAUGAACAAGUCUGACUGACUUGACACACAAUAUAUCACAACUAACAAGGGUGAAAUCAUUUUAAAAGUUAUGUAACUCAACUAACUUAUGGCUAUACUAUAAUGUGUAGGCUUACACCCACUUCAUCUACUAGUACUAGGCCUGCCUACCUUAUUUUUAUAUAAACCUAUGCACUAAAGUUUAAGAAGGGCCAUAAGUUAAACAAAAGUAAGGUUUGCCUUUAGUCAGUUCGUAUCAAUUGUGAUUUAUAAUAAUUUAUAUAAGUAUAUUUUUUUAUAUCUUUUCACAGCAAUAGUAAAAUUGAUGAAGACUUUAUUUGGAUUGUGGCCAUGGCGUACACAGGCAAGCAGUAGUGGAAAAAACAGUGAUUACCCUUCUUUAAUGAACAAUGGUUAUGAAUCUACAUGUGACAAACAGGAACAACUUAAACACAAAAUUCAAGCAAAUUGGUUUCAAUCAGCUGAUAGUCAAGGAGAAACACUUAAAGUUCAAUUGUCAACAAAGUCCAGAAUAAUGCCAGCACUUCUUCGGCUUGAUAGUACAGGUGAAAUCUCAUCUGUCAAUCAUCACAUUGAGAAAAAUCGGGUGGAUGUGAACAAGUACCAAACUAAACCUAGAACCUUGGGGUCAUUUGUAAAUCCUAAGAUGUCAUUGAAUAAAAAUUUUGCCUCACCAGUUUACCCUCAUAAUUUCAGCAUGUCGUUUCCGGGUCAGGUUUAUAAUUCUAAAAACCCUCCCUUCCCAUUAUCAUCUACGAAUAGUUGGUACACCAAUAGCCCAAGCUUGAAAAGUCGUACAGCUUUGUAUAGCCUUUCUAAAAGCAAAAGCUUCCCUACAGUGAAAGAAUUUGCAACUAGUCUAGACGAUGUGCAACCUAAGAACCUCAACACCACAGGUCAAAUGUUUGGUAAUAACCAAUUUUUUGCUGCACUGACAAGUCAGGCGUAUAAAUUGGCAUCUGAGGAAGAUACCCCAAAGGCAAAUUUGCAGCAUUUGUGGAAAUCUUUAUUUAGCCAGCCUGCUACGCGACUGUCACAAGCUGCCUUCUCAGACAGUACUGUAGGUCAAAAAUUAUGUGAUAUUAGUUCAGCUGUAAUUCCUUCCAGUGACACAAUGACUUUCAAUAGUUUGUUGGUACCAUCACAUAAUGCAGCAGAACUUGAAAGCAUUGACUCUCACAAGUCACAAGAGUAUCAGAAAAGUGAGUCGCUUCAAAAUUCUAAUGAGGAACAUGCAAGUAAAUCCUCUUCUAAAUGUAGCAGAAGUAAACGAGACAACGAUUCACUUGACAUAAAUAAUCCAUCCAUGAACAUUGAACCCAGCAAUAAUAUUAAUCAUUGUGCAUUCAAUCACAGUGGGGGAAAUGUUUCACCUUCUGUGUUGAAUGCACCUAGAAAAGUUGUGAAGAAAGGUCGUCCUUCAUCAAAGAAACAAAGAAAAAGACAGCGACAGAAGCAAAAACAUGCAUGUCGAUCUUCACCCAAAGAUGAAACUUCUAGCUUAAUUGAAAAUGUGAGCCAGAGCUGCCUUGAUAAAUCAAGUUCUUUUGAUAUAGUCUUCACAUCAGAUGAAUCCCCAAAUGCCCAAGUUUGUGAAUCCAAAGCUCUCAGAGCUUCAACGCCUGUUAAAGAUCCCUCUAGACAUUUAGAAAGAGACUCUUGUGUUAGGUUUACUUUAGAUUCAGAUUCAGAUGAGUCAGACAUUGAAUUUGAUGGCUGUGAUUGGUUGGGUGAAGAAAACUUAAAAGUUGACUUAUCUCCUAAAGAUAAUGCUGUCUUCAACGUAACAAGUCUAGAUACAAUUUUCAAACGGACAAGCAUCCCUAGUCUCAAAAGUAUUUUAACAGCGGAUGAAGGAAGGUCUGACUCGGAGUCUAGUACUCCACUUCUUUCACCUACCCCUGAGAAGGCAAAGAAUGGUUUGUGUUUUAAUUUGAUCAAUGUUAGUUUCUCAGAGGAUGAUAGUACUCAGGAAUUAAAUGCCAUCUGUGAUCCAUCACUUUCUUCAUCUCCUUUGGAAAAAUGUUUUUUUCAACUCUCACCUGGAUUGUGUUUAGAUCGUUUGUUUCCUAGUAACUCAAGAUCAUCUAAUCUGGCCCCAGGGGUUGUUUCCCUUGAUCAAGCUGAUUGUGCUCAACUUCCUUGCCGUUCAUCAUUUAUUACAGAAAUUAAUGCUAAAUGGAAUUUGAAUUACCCAAGUGCUGGCUUCCGAAGUUGUCAGUCGGUUUGCAAAGAUCAGGUUGAUGAUCCUAGUAUAAAGGUGAGGUUUAUUUAACUUUAUUUUAACAAUUACCCGGUAAAAAGAAAGAAAAAAUAUAACAUCUACAUUUCUUUCUUCUUUUUUUUCAAUGAUAUAUUGACUUUUAGGUUUUUUUUAAUGUAAUGAAUGUGAGCCUUGAGCAAUGUCUGUCAAAGUAGUUGACCAAGAACCUUAUGUAGGUUCCCACAACAUGAGACAAGAAGUUGAAAAUCAGCUAGCUUUAAAUAGUAAGAGUUGAUAUGGUCCUUUCACAUUCUCUUACCGUAGAUUACAAUUUUUUUUUGGCCAUAUUUAGGGAUUUAAACAAAUGUAUAUCUACCUUUUAAGUAACUAUGUUUGAAUUGACCGUUGUAAAUUAAAAAUAUUAAAGCUAAAGAUUGUACUCAACCUAAUUUAACAUAGCCAUACCUCCGACCUAUAUAUGGUUUCUGAAAAAGCUUUUUAAUUUAAAAAAAAUGAUAAUAUUUUCAUGUGUUAAUACUAUUGACUCUUGGACCAUUCACCAGUCAUCAAUUAUAUUUCUCUGUUCGUUGACCAUCUUCCAAUCAUAUUUCUUUGGUUCAUUCACUUCGAUAUAUUCUAUACUAUCUACCAACGGCAGUGUGGCUAUGAAUGUAAUGUAUAUAUAUGUACCUGUCUUAAAUUGAAAGAUGUGAUUUUAAAAAUGUGCAUAUUUAUUUCCAUAUCCAAUGUGACAGCGGAAAGUAACCGCUCGUGAUUAAUAAAUCUUGCAACGAUCCCUGGUUCAUUGGGAUAAGUUGUCGACCGGUCCUUUAAACUUUAUUGUUUGAGAAAACUUGAGCUUCUACAAUGGCUAACAAAAUUAUAACAAUGCAUGAACUAUAGUGCUAAUUUUGUAUACUUUGGCAAUUCUGAUAGUGGUUUAAUAUAUAUAUUUCAUUUUAAAUCUCAACAGGUUCAUUUUGCUGCAGAACCACAUCUUUUGACAGUCCAUGUUGUAGGGACAGAAGACCGCUAUGGUACAUGGCAGCUUUAUGCUCUAGACCGAGAUAGAUUUCAUAGGCGCAUACAGGAGGCUAAGAACGUGAUCUCCCCUGUUUUGGAGCAGCAGCACCGAGCUAAAAUUAUGGAACGCAAUUCACAACUUCUCACAGACUCAGAGAAACGAGAGCUGAACAAUAAUUAAAAUUCCAUAUAUAAAUUUUUUCUGUAGACUCGUUUCCAAAUAUCUAGUCUUGUUAUUACUUUCAGGAUAAUUUCUUGUUUUUUGUUUAUGGAUUCACUUAAUUGUUUAAAAAAGGUACUUCUAAUACUGUGCAAAUUUCUUUUUCUCUUCUGUAGUUGCUUGUUCUUCAAUAAUAAUUCAAGAACUGCCUAUUUUAUGACAUUAAAAUUGCGCAAAUUAAAUUCGUAAGGCUAUCCUUCAUGUAGAGUCACAUAGUCGAUAUUAAUUUAGUUUUGAAUGGUUUAAUGUCUUGUAAAUACAAUACCCCCCUCACCUCAACCUUUUUUUUAUUCCUUUUUUAUUUAUUUGCGUCCUGUUGGAUAGUUUAACAUCACGGGAUAGUUCAAUACCCAUUAGAUUCCACUUUUACAAUCAUAGGCACCAAAAACCAAAUUUCAUUUGUGACGUUUAAUCACUUUCUUAAGGGUACAAUAGCUAACUAAGAAAGGUAAUAUCUAAAGGUCAUGAUAAGAAAAGAUGCAUUGCAAGUCACAAUCAUUGGUUACUUUAUAAAAAACUAUUAGUAAUAUAAUGAAAUUUCGUUGUAUCCAUUCUGGUUAUAACUAGAAAUGUUUUAGGUGCCUAAUGUUUGUAAUCAGGAUGCAACUAAGUUUUCUAUAAAAAAAAUUUAAAUAUUAAAUUUUCAUUGUUUUUGGUGGUUGAUGUAAAUUGAAUUGUCUGUGCCAAAAAAUUAUAAAAGGCCAGCAAAGCAUAGUUAAAUUUUUAUAGCAAUAUUUUGUUUAAUUUGUUUUGUGUUUGAUACUGUAAUCAUGUUGUAUUGUGAAAUACUUAAAAUUAUGUUAUGAUCAUGAGCAGGUCAGUGUGCCCUUUUCACAUUCCAUUCUGGUGAGAGUCAUUGUAUUAAGAAAUGUGUAGAUUUAAAAUCAUAGAGCCCUUUUGUAUUCAAAACUUUUUUGCUUCAAAGUUAAGGUGACGGUUACUGGCUAAUAUGUGUACAUUUUUGUUGUAUUGUGAUAUAUUAAUAAUUGGAUUUGGUGUUUGUUUGGUUUUUUGUUUUUGUUUUUUUAACCAGUAGACCUGAUGCCGGGUUUUGAUUUCAUGUGCUCACAAAACACUAGCCACUUGUUUUCUUUAGUUAACCUCUAAUCAAAAUGAAAAUCUUUUAAGUUGUAUUAAUAAUUAACACUUCUGCUUGUUUGCUCCAAUAUGGAGGUACAUACUGUAUGUAAGCAAACCACACUUAAUUUCAAACUGAGCUCUCUGAUUUACUGCUGUUUUUCAGUUGUAUUCUAAGCAGCCUAACUAUGCUUUAAAAAUGUAUGUUUUGUCCCUGUGCGUCACCUGCAUUUCCAGUCUUUCAUUUUUAUACAUAAAAUAUCAUUAAGCUAUGCAUAUGUGUGGUUACUUAAAAAACUGUUUCCUAUAGUUUGAAAUGAUCUGUAGCAUAAAUGUUUGCUACUCCUAAAUGACAUCUGUUUUAUUCAGAUGAACCCCCUUACAGAUUUCUAAAGAUAAAUUUAGACUGAGGGUAUCUUUACUUUUGUCCUCUUGUAAUCUAGCAACCUUUAUUUAUUGUUCAUCCCACUGGCUUGAAAAAGAUGAGCAGGUGCAAUAGGACUUAAAUCCAAAGGCAAUUUUUUUUUUUAAUGAAACCAUCUUGAGUAACGGGUAGUAGAUGGGUUGUGUUUACUCCCAAGUAUUUCCUUCUUCUUUCAAAGUGGUAUCACUUGGUGUCAUUCUAUGGAGCAACUCCUCACCAGGGUUUCAUCAUGCUGUUGGCUCAUAUUGCCAAUCAUCCUAAUUUAGACUUCAAAUCCUGACUACAGCUUUUACUUCGGUCUAGAAUUUCAUCAUGUUUGUUUCCAAAUAUGUCUGUAACUUACUCAAUAUCUAAAUGUUUUACAAAUUUAAUCAAAAUCUUUUUCUCUCUCUCUCAUUGCCUUUUGAACCAGCUGUAACUAUUAACUAGCCUUGAGACAAAAUGUAGACGUAGUUAUGAAAAAUUAUCAAAGGUCAACAUGUCUUUUAGUUGGAACACUUAUUAAAUAUUUUUUUAAAAUUUGGAUUCUUUUUUUUUUUUCCCUUUGAAUUUCAAGUGUGCAUUGGUUGAAUUGGAUAAGACCCAUGGACAAUUUUUUAUGUGUCUGUAACUGUAAAGAUGCUGAGAACCUUUAAGCUUAGUAGGUUAAUUAGAAAUAAAGUUUUAUCAAUUAGAUUUUGUAUAGUACUAUGGUAGCUUAUAUAAAUAUAUAAUUUUAUAUUCAUAAAAAACUACUGACCUAUAAGAUCCGCUUUGGAUUACUUUAAUUGCUCUAAAUGGGGACAACUGUCCUAAAAAUAAUGAAACCAGCUAUCACUGUAAGGUGAUGGUGCAUACAUGGAAAGGUUUUGGUAAACCCAUGUGUAACCCAUCCAGGCUUACACUUACAUGCGACACAAAUGAUGAUCAGAAGGUAGGUAGGGUGUUGGUUAAAAUCAACUGUAUGCUUUCUUGACAUUGCAAUGGGUCUAUCCUAUUCAAAAGUGACUAUUUGGUGCCUAGACUUGUUCAUGCUAAAUAUUUGUUGAUAUUCCUAAGUGGUGAGUGCUAUAGACAGGCAGCAAAACAGAUAUAACAAAUAAAAAACAUGAAUGAUGAACCCUAGUCUUAUUUAUUUGUUGAAUGGACUUUCCUGUAUCACCUGGCAUGUAAACACAUUCAAGCCUGUUCUAUGAAAUGGAAGUACUUUGUAAUUAUGUAAUAAAACUAAUUCCUU